AUGUUUCGUCACCCUACUGUUUGUGCGGUGAUCGCCGCCUCCAUCUCUUCGAAAUCCGCAGUUUAUUACAAUGGAUCGACGCUCUAUACAAAGGAUAAUUAUCAUUGGGCAUCUUCGAGUAGUCAACUAUCUGCUUGCUCCUUCGAACCUGGCACCACCGAGGACCUCGUUAAAGCGCUUCAAAUAUUGAGAGUUACCAGGACGCCGUUUGCAGUUAAAAGCGGCGGUCACUCGACAAACCCAGGCUUUUCGUCAACCCCAGGCGUUCAGAUCGCGAUGUAUUUAUUCUCGGACAUCACGUAUGACUCGGAUUCCCAGACAGCAAAAGUUGGCACUGGUGCGAUAUGGGAUGACGUCUAUUUAACACUGGAAGAAUACGGCGUGAAUGUUCUAGGGGGGAAAGUCACUGGCGUCGGAGUUGGCGGCUUCUUACUUGGUGGAGGAUUUUCGUUUCUGACAAACCAGCAUGGGCUAGCAAUCGACAACAUAGUAGCAUACGAGCUUAUUUUACCUGAUGGCACGGUGACUACAGUCACCAGCUCCAGCAACCCAGAUUUGUACUUCGGCUUGCGGGGGGGUUUCAAUAACUUUGGAAUUGUUACCUAUUUCACUCUCAAAACGUAUCCUCAAUCUCAAGUUUGGGGUGGAAGUCUCGCAUACAGUCAAGAUCAACUCAAAGCGGUGAACGCCGCGGUCGCCAACUUCACUGCGAACGUUACAGAUCCCAAGGCAUCAGUAUAUUCCACAUAUAACUAUGUGUCUGGAUCGCCCAUCUUAUCGAGCGCGCUGUUCUAUGAUGCGCCCACUUACCCAGAUGGUAUCUUCGAUGACUUCUUGACGAUUCCAAACAUCGGGAAAGACAUUUCUACCCGGACCUUCGCAUCCAUGGUCGAUGUUGAGCCAGUGAAUGACACAGCUGGCCUUAGAGCUGUGUUCAAUGCCAUAGCGGUCGAGGAGUGGACGGAGUCAUUAUUGAACGAUGUUGCCAAUGAGACCCUCUUCUACAGCAACAAGUUGGUAAAUAGUAGCGUGGUUGAGAUCACUUACAACGUGAGGCCCUACCUUACUUCGAUCUUCAGCCACUCCGAUAUACCAUCUGCAUGGCCGGAUUCACGUGAACGAGGCUACUCAUACUUGGAAUUCUUCUAUGCAUGGAAAGAUUCAAGUGAAGACGACCUCUUCUAUGACAUCGUCGAUACCAGUUCCAAUUAUAUGGUGUCGCUAGCGAUCGCUGCAGGGCAGGACGUUGGAAAUGUGGUUUCGUAUCCCAACAAUGCAGAUCCUUCCACAAGCAUGGAGAAAAUGUACGGGACAAAUCUACCGCGUCUGCGGCAUAUCAAGAAGGCUAUUGAUCCAAGCAAUGUGAUGGGACUCGCUGGAGGGUGGAAAUUCUAG